ACAGUUUAACUAAUCAUGUGUAACCUAAUCUCACUCGCAGAUGGUCUAUUUGUGAGUCUACAUCGAGGUCUGGGUCUUUCUUCACAGUGUUUGAUGAGGAUGCACUCCCAAGGAGUGUCGGUCAGGUCUCCUCCGUCUCCUUCUUCAGCAUUUGUACCUAUCAGUGAUAAAGACAUGACUGAGAUUGAACUGCACUCUGUGGACUCCAUCAGUGACCUGCACCGCACACACCCUGAACAGCACAGCAAAGGUGUCCGACCUCCACGUCCACAACCUCCAUCCAUCAAUGGGAACCUUCAAAUGAUUGACAGGCCAGUCGUCUGUCAAACAGGGUAUCGAAUGAGAAGGUCCCAUUUGAGUCAACUCAGCGAUAUGUGGACUUCCUCUAAGUGGCGCUACUCUUUGACAUGUGUGGCUGUAAUGCUGAUCCUCCUCACAGUCAUUCUCAUCUUUAUCGUCUUAGUCCAGCAGAGCAGAACUCUACACAGGCUGGCUGAGGCAUUGAGUCAAAGGCAAGAAGCAACAGACGAAACGUCUAUCAUCUUUCAGGAACUCCAGGCUCUGCGCAGAAACCUGACUGCACUGAAGAUCAGACAAUAACCACCCACAAACAUCACGCACAGAUAUCUUCAUAAUGAAUACGGUUUAUGAUCCUGUGUAUGUAAAGCAGUGUACCGGGGUCAGUCCAAAAGUGUGUCAACAUCCUAUCGACAUGGGAUCUCAAAAGUGUACUGUGUAAAAUUUCAGACACACUCCAUAUGACUAUACUGACUAUAAAACCAUCUCAAUGACACAUUGGUAAUGGAGUAUAUGUUUGCGUGUGUUAGAGAUUACCGGUCAGAAUCUAGUCUAGUAGACCUUCUUAUACGCAUCAGUUGGAGUAGCUAGCUUGCAAAUUGAGAUUCAUUAAUGUGGACUAGAGCUACGUUUUGAAUUUGAACUCAUUAGGUCAUUCAAACAGCUUUUUAAUAUGGAUUUAUUCAGUUUUUCUGCUUUAGUAUAUCAAUGAUCAGAGUGACAGCAGUUAGGAGCACAAUAUGUUACAGACCAAGCUCAGUAUGUAUCCAGGAAAUUACUACAGCUGAUUGCUCCAUGGAGUUUAAGUAACUGUGUAGAUACAUCAAGUUACAAACCAUGCAAAUGCAGCCUGAAAAUGCACAACAGUGGUUCUUGAGGUCAAAUAUUGUAUCUCAAUUUUCCUCUAUCUAAAGAUACACUGACCGAUCAUGUGUAAGCAUUUGUACCUUAGAAUCCCAGUUUAGUACUAUUCUGAUGAGUAUGGAGUCUAGUUAUAAAAGAACACAUACAGUAUAAGCGGGAUAUAUAAGCGGAAACUGUGCAAAUGAAUUUUAUAGACGUGAUGUAAAGGACCAGAUAAUCACCAAAAACUGCUCUGCAACUAAUCUUACCAUACCUAUAUGGGUUAUUCUAUAGAAUUGGUGCAAACUGCUGUCCUACAACCAUAAAAAAAAACACAUUUAAAAAGCAUUUAAGCAUUCAAAUCUUAGAUGUUUACUAAGAUCCUUCUAUUAUCUAUUGAAACCCAUCAGUAAGCUUUAUAUAUAUAUAUGUAUAUAUAUA